UCCUACUUUUUAUGAUGUGUGAGUGUGAAGUGUAGGGCCUCUCUACUUGAAAAGAUCGUCUUUGUGUUCAUUCAAUAUUCCCUUUCUCUUCCCCAAAGGAACACGCACAGCCCAGAGAGAAGUCAUGGUCCUCGAGGCUGUGGUAUACCCCCCCGACCCUUUCUCUUGUGGCUUCAAGGACAAUCUCUACCCUUUCAACCUGUUCUUCGAUGACUCUCAGCAACACGACGCCUCCUCUCUUGAUUUUCUCCAAAAUAGUCAUCCUCAUCUUUCUGCAGAUUGGGACUGUUCUUCCCCAUCGCCCCACUUCAAUGAUGUUCCUCUUUCCCAUCCUUCCUCUUCCGACGCCACCAAUGCCACCAUUUCGCUUCCUUCGGAUCCUCACCUUCUGGAUUAUGCUCCUAUUCCUGCUCGUCCCAAGAGGCGCAGGCCCAGAACCCGAAAGAAUCAGCAGGAAAUCGAGAACCAGAGAAUGACUCACAUUGCUGUCGAGCGCAAUCGAAGGAAACAAAUGAAUGACUAUCUCUCUGUCCUUCGCUCUUUGAUGCCUGACUCCUACGUCCAAAGGGGUGAUCAGGCGUCUAUAAUUGGAGGAGCUAUUAAUUUUGUGAAGGAGCUUGAGCACAGGCUGCAAUUUCUGGGCUCUCAGAAACAAACAGAGGGGACAUGCGAAUCCAGCCCUCCUGCAAAGUUGCCUUUUUCUGAGUUCUUCACGUUUCCUCAGUACUCAACUACGAGUUGUGGUGGGUGCGACAAUAAUUCUGCGGCUGCGGGAGGGGGAUCAGUGGGCGAGGCAAUUCAGUCAGGGAUUGCUGAUAUAGAAGUGACGAUGGUGGAGAGCCAUGCAAAUCUCAAGAUAAGAUCCAAGAAGCGACCUAAGCAGCUCUUGAAGAUAGUCUCCAGCUUGCAUAGCAUGCGGCUCACCAUCUUGCACUUAAACGUCACAACCACAGCCCAAAUUGCCCUCUAUUGUCUCAGCGUUAAGGUAGAAGAUGAUUGCAAGCUGGGUUCAGUGGAUGAUGUGGCCGCAGCUUUAUUUCAAAUGAUGGACAGCAUUCAUCAGGAAGCACUGUUGUGCUAAUUAAGCUCCCAAUUUGAAUUUAAUUGACUCAACUUUUUUCUUCCUUUUAGUCUUUUUAACCUUGAGAUCUUAUGGUUCUUCAUUCUUCUUUUCCAUGUCGAACUAAAGUACUACUGUAGUAGGUAAUUAUUGCAAAGUCCCUGUUACUAUGCUUUGUUGAUGGGCUCCAUGGAGGAAGUUUUUUUGAUUAUUCCCCC